AUGCAGAUGUAUAAAAGUAUACAGUUAUUACUCUCUAUCGAUCGACUUUUAAACUUCUCCAUUUUUUCGGAUUUUAUAAGGCAAAAUGAGAGAAAUCCUUCACAUUCAGGGUGGUCAAUGUGGCAAUCAAAUAGGAUCGAAGUUCUGGGAGGUUUGCUCAUGGAUCUGGAGCCUGGCACUAUGGACAGUGUCCGUACUGGUCCAUACGGGCAGAUCUUCAGGCCUGAUAACUUUAUAUUCGGCCAGUCUGGGGCUGGAAACAACUGGGCUAAAGGUCACUACACUGAGGGAGCUGAGCUUAUUGACUCUGUUCUCGAUGUCGUGAGGAAGGAGGCUGAGAACUGUGACUGCCUUCAAGGGUUCCAAGUUUGCCACUCACUUGGUGGAGGAACAGGUUCUGGAAUGGGUACCUUGCUGAUCUCUAAGAUCAGGGAAGAGUACCCUGACAGAAUGAUGCUCACAUUCUCUGUGUUCCCAUCACCAAAGGUUUCAGAUACAGUGGUUGAGCCAUACAAUGCUACCCUUUCAGUGCAUCAGCUUGUUGAGAAUGCAGAUGAAUGCAUGGUGCUCGACAAUGAAGCUUUAUAUGACAUCUGUUUCAGAACACUCAAACUUACUACUCCUAGUUUUGGUGAUCUGAACCACUUGAUUUCUGCAACCAUGAGUGGGGUGACUUGCUGCCUCCGAUUUCCUGGUCAACUUAAUUCUGAUCUUCGAAAACUUGCUGUCAACCUGAUUCCAUUCCCCCGUCUGCAUUUCUUCAUGGUGGGUUUUGCUCCUCUGACAUCUCGCGGUUCCCAGCAAUACCGUGCACUUACAGUCCCCGAGUUGACCCAACAAAUGUGGGAUUCCAAGAAUAUGAUGUGCGCUGCUGACCCCCGCCAUGGACGCUACCUCACUGCCUCAGCCAUGUUCAGAGGCAAAAUGAGCACAAAAGAGGUGGACGAACAAAUGAUUAAUGUUCAAAACAAGAACUCUUCUUACUUUGUCGAGUGGAUUCCAAACAAUGUGAAAUCAAGUGUUUGUGAUAUCCCACCUAGAGGGCUUUCAAUGUCAUCCACCUUCAUUGGGAACUCAACCUCCAUUCAGGAAAUGUUCAGAAGAGUGAGUGAACAGUUCACUGCUAUGUUCAGGAGGAAGGCUUUCUUGCAUUGGUAUACUGGGGAAGGAAUGGAUGAGGUGGAAUUUACAGAAGCAGAGAGUAAUAUGAAUGAUCUUGUGUCCGAGUACCAACAGUACCAGGAUGCUACAGCCGAUGAUGAAGGUGAAUACGAGGAUGAGGAAGAAGAGGAGGGCAUGGAGCACAUGUAA